UCAACAGGGUCUGCAGCUGGAGAGAGAGAGAGAGAGAGUAGAGUAGAGUACAGUAGAGAGAGAGAGAGAGCCCAACUUCGUACCCUAUUAGGGUUUCCGCCAGAACGAGAGAAUGGCGACGAUGGAGAACUUGCCCAAAAACAUGGCAGUGACCACCACCGAGACGCCGGCGGCGACGGAUUUGUGGUAUCGACUCCCCGGAGAUAUCCUCAAAUCCAUCGCAAAACGCCUCAGUGACAAAGCAGAUGCUGUGGCCGCCGCUGCUUCUUCAUCUUUUUCUACUAAUCACAUCAUCGCCCUUGGUCUUCUUCGCUCCGUCUGCAAAUCCUGGCGCUCCUCCAUCGAGAAACCCUCCUCCUCCUCCUUACUCUCCUUGCUGCCGCUCACCCUUCCUUUCCCCAUUGUUCCCUUCGGACCCUUCCCCAACCCUAACCCUAACUCCUACCGCGGCCGCCACUUCUCCCUCACCCACAGCACCCUCUACUUCCUUUCCCCAACUGGCGGCGGCUGCUGCUGGUUGCUUCGGGUUCAAGAGUCGCCGUCGUCUCAAAACAACAACGGCUGUAAAACAUACCACCCCCUCUAUCCCCUCUCCAAACUCCAGCCCGAGCAAGUUCCGAAAGCGGCAUUUCCCGAAUCCCUUAACCUGCUCGAUGUAGGAAUCGCCGAGAUCGGCAGAGCUCACUGCCUCAAGAUUGUUGAUGAGAGAAAGAAGAAGCAGGUUGAGAAGGGCAAGAGGAAGACGAUGGCUGAGUGCCAGGCGGAAUAUGAAGAUGCCUACACCAGCUACAUCAAGAAAGUGGCCGUUUCUGCGGUGGAUUACGGGGUCGUGGUGGCUAUUCAUUCUGGUCGACUGUGUUUUUUCAAGCUCGGCGGCGAUCAGAAAUGGACUCUUAUCGAUUCUUCCAACGACCAGUACCAUGACGUUGUUCACCGGAAGGGGAAAUACUACGCGGUGGACUAUAGAGGGAGGACAGUGGUGAUUGAUGGUGCGGACUUGAAGAAGGAGGUUAUGGUGACGCGCCUUGUCGAAUCUCCCUUGCCCAAUCUCGGUGCCUGUCAGUUCACGCGCCUUGUCAAAUCGGGCGAUGAUCUCUUCUUGGUUGACAGGUACUUGGUGGACACGGAAGGUGAGUGUACACUCUCUAUCGGAGCUGUUACCAUUGGCAUGAUUACCGAAGAAAGUCAUCCCGAUAUGACCAACUACUUCAAUGUCUACAAGCUUGAUGAAGAGAACAAGCAAUGGGAGCUUGUUGAUGAUCUGAAUCAUCAGGUUUUCUUCCUUGGUGAUGACUACUUAUUUUCAGUCUCUGCUCAGGAUUUUCCUGGACUGAAAGGAAACUGCAUGUAUUUCUCUGACUUUAUGUUUCUUGCUCGGAAUGAGAAAGAAACGAACAUUGGGAUAUCCUGCGUCCUCACAGGUGUUUACAACUUGAAAGAUCGUAGCUGUGGGCCGCUAGCAAUGUUUCCAGACCACUGGCCCAUUUUUUCGCCUCCGCCAGCUUGGCUUAAGCCAAAACACCGUGAAGGGAUGAUGGAAGGGAUGAAGGAAGAUGAACUACAGAGAGAUGUUACCGCUUUAAAGCAAGAUAUGCCUGAGCCAUCUCCCAAUGCAAAGAAGAAAGCUGAGGAAGCAAAAUUUAGAGGAGAUGAUGCCUAUAGACGGAAGGAUUAUUUGGUGGCCCUUGAUGCUUACACACAGGCAAUUGAUUUUGAUCCUAUAGAUGCUACUUUGCUCUCCAAUAGAAGUGUCUGUUGGAUCCGUCUGGGACAAGCAGAGUAUGCCUUGACUGAUGCAAAGGCCUGCAGAGCACUAAGACCGGAUUGGCCAAAGGCAUGCUACCGUGAAGGUGCUGCUUUACGGCUAUUACAGAGGUUUGAUGAGGCAGCCAAUUCUUUUAAAGAGGGUGUGGAGCUUGACCCCGACAGUGAGGAUCUUGCAAAUGCUUUCAGGUUGUGGAAAAACAAUCUUCUUCCCUGCUUUCAACUGAUGUUCUUGCAUUUAAUAUGCAUUUGUGUUCGAUUAAAUAUGCUUUCUCGUAUCUUUUCCCUAGUCUAGAAUGCUUCCCUAUUUCAGAUUCAUUAUGCGUAUUCAUGGAGGCUGUAUUUGGAUAGUGGAUUUUCUGGUAAGGAAAAUGAGAAUAAAAUGAAUAUAUUGGUUGGGAGAAUCCUUUUGAACCUUAAAACCCUCAAGCUUUGAAGAACCCAAUUCCACUGCAAAUCCUUUUUUUUUUUCGCUCGGCAAAAGAAAGAUUUUUUUAAUCAUUGAAACAAGUUGCAACGAUUAAAAGGAUCCAAUGAGUGAUGACUUCACAAUGAGGAAGAACCGGCGUCCCAACAAAGUUGGUAUCCCAACCCUUGACAUAUAUUUUUUUUUAUCAGCCAAAAAUAUUUAUUAAUCACCGAAUUCGAAAAUUACAGAGAUUAAAAAGACAAGGGCACAAGAAAAUUAAAAUUACUUAAUCUUCAUAGGUACCCGAGACCCAAAUGCUAGUCAAAGACUGACAAAAUCCUAACAAAAACCCCAACCCGAAAUGCCCAACCCAAAUCAAUCAGGAUAUGAAAAUGAAGUGCCGCCACCGUCGCGUAGACCGCCGUGAACCAGCCAUAUGUCGCCGACCCCAAAAACGCUUCCUAGCCGGCUGCUAAACGCCUCGCAUCCAAACCCCAUCUACUGCUGCCAGACGCCCCCCUCCACCGUGAACACCUGUCGCCUGGAAUCCAAACCCACAUCACAUCGCCGUGCCGCCGCUCAUCAUCUCCAUGCUGCCAACUCUGUCCAGAUCCAAAACCACGCCGCUGUGCUGCCUCCCACCUUCACCACGCAACCACCCCAGAACCAAAUCAACACCAAUCCUCAAAACACCACGACAGCCAACGAAAACAAAACAAAACAAAAACAAAACAAAACCCACCCACCCUCUACACCACCAGCCGCCAAAAACCACCAGACUGCCACCACAUCCGCCACUGCCCAACCCAGCAAUAGCAUCAGUAGGUCUGGAAUCCCAUCGCCAUCCGCCGCGGCUCCACAACGCUGUUUAGCACAACCCGGCACCAUCCAACAAUGAGAGCCAAGGGGAGCCUGACCGGACAGGGAGGAAUCGACACGCCGUUAGGUGGAGAGCACGACGAACCCAGCAGUAUC